GAAAGCAUUUCUUCCAAAAGCUCCAACUCUCUCUCUCUCUCUCUCUCCUAGUGUGUGUUGUGCGUGUAAAUUUUGAUGCUUCAAUGGCAUUUUCGUGUAGCUACAAUUCAGCAGUAGCUACUUAUGAUUAUCGUUUCCCAACAUUUUCGUCAUCUCUCUCGAAUUUUCGAUCGAAUUCUGCAUUUUUGCCCUGUUCUUUUCUAAAGACGCUACGGCCAAGUCGGAGAAAAUAUUUCCUCAAAAUCAAUGCCACUGCUACUCUAGAUUCCGGGAACGGCGCCGUUUCUGUAGCAAAGGAGGUGCGGGAGCAGCACCAGUCUUCCACGGAUGAGGAUUCUUAUGGCAGACGGUAUUUUCCUUUGGCUGCUGUUGUUGGACAGGAUGCUAUUAAAACUGCUCUUUUGCUUGGGGCUAUUGAUCGUGGAAUAGGAGGGAUUGCAAUCUCUGGGAGACGAGGAACUGCAAAAACAGUCAUGGCACGUGGGCUACAUGCAAUUUUACCACCAAUUGAAGUAGUUGUUGGUUCAAUAGCAAAUGCUGAUCCUGCCUGCCCUGAAGAGUGGGAAGAUGGAUUUUCUGAUAAAGUUGAAUAUGACCCUGCUGGUAACAUCAAGACCCAGAUAAUCAGGUCACCUUUUGUUCAGAUUCCACUUGGAGUCACGGAAGAUAGACUAGUAGGAUCCGUUGACAUCGAAGAGUCCGUGAAAUCUGGAACAACUGUUUUUCAGCCGGGUCUUCUUGCUGAAGCUCAUAGAGGAGUCCUAUAUGUUGAUGAGAUAAAUCUUUUGGAUGAGGGUAUUAGCAAUUUGCUUCUUAAUGUGUUGACAGAGGGCGUUAAUAUAGUAGAAAGAGAGGGAAUCAGUUUCCGGCACCCAUGCAAACCGCUUUUAAUAGCAACUUAUAAUCCAGAGGAGGGUUCUGUACGUGAACAUUUGCUGGAUCGCAUAGCAAUAAAUUUAAGUGCAGAUCUUCCAAUGAAUUUUGAAAAUCGUGUUGCAGCUGUUGAAAUUGCUACAAAGUUCCAAGAGCGUAGUAAUGAAGUUUUUAAGAUGGUCGAAGAAGAAAUGGAGUUUGCCAAAACUCAGAUAAUUUUGGCAAGGGAGUACUUGAAAGAUGUUACUAUGAGCAGAGAGCAGCUAAAAUACUUGGUUAUGGAAGCACUCCGAGGUGGUUGUCAGGGCCACAGAGGUGAACUGUAUGCUGCUCGUGUUGCUAAAUGCUUAGCUGCACUGGAGGGGCGUGACAAAGUGAAUGUGGAUGACCUGAAGAAAGCUGUAGAAUUGGUCAUCCUUCCGCGUUCAAUCAUCAAUGAAAGCCCAGCUGAUCAGCAAAACCAGCAGCCUCCUCCUCCUCCUCCUCCCCAAAAUCAAGAUUCAGCUGAAGAGCAAAAUGAAGAAGAAGAUAAGGAGGAUGAAAAUGAUGAAGAAAACGAACAGCAGCAGGAGCAAAUACCUGAAGAGUUUAUAUUUGAUGCAGAGGGGGGUUUGGUAGAUGAGAAACUUCUUCUCUUUGCACAACAAGCACAGAGACGUCGAGGCAAAGCUGGGCGAGCCAAGAAUGUUAUAUUUUCUGAGGAUAGAGGCCGAUAUAUAAAGCCAAUGAUUCCUAAGGGUCCUGUAAGAAGACUGGCUGUUGAUGCCACCCUCCGAGCUGCGGCACCAUAUCAGAAGUUGCGAAGGGAAAGGAACAUUCAAAACAGCAAAAGAGUUUUCGUGGAGAAAUCUGACAUGAGAGCAAAAAGAAUGGCGCGCAAAGCAGGAGCUCUGGUGAUAUUUGUGGUUGAUGCUAGUGGGAGCAUGGCAUUAAAUCGCAUGCAGAAUGCCAAGGGUGCGGCCCUUAAACUACUAGCAGAAAGUUAUACUAGCAGAGAUCAGGUUUGUAUCAUCCCCUUCCGUGGAGAUGCUGCAGAAGUUCUCUUGCCUCCUUCCAGGUCAAUAGCAAUGGCUAGGAAACGACUUGAGAGACUGCCCUGUGGUGGGGGUUCUCCCUUAGCUCAUGGGCUUACUACGGCUGUCAGAGUUGGAAUGAAUGCAGAGAAAAGUGGUGAUGUUGGGCGUAUAAUGAUCGUUGCAAUAACUGACGGUAGAGCCAAUAUAUCACUGAAGCGGUCCACGGAUCCUGAAGGUGCUUCUGCAGAUGCUCCUAGACCCUCUACUCAAGAUCUGAAGGAUGAGAUUCUUGAGGUUGCUGGUAAAAUAUACAAGUCAGGAAUGUCUCUUCUUGUCAUUGACACAGAAAAUAAGUUUGUUUCAACAGGGUUUGCCAAAGAAAUUGCUAGAGUUGCUCAAGGAAAGUACUAUUAUUUGCCUAAUGCAUCAGAUGCUGUUAUCUCUGCUACAACGAAGGACGCCCUAACAGUUUUAAAGAGCUCUUAAUUUAGAACAUUCAUCUAUAGCAUUUGAUAGAAAUUAACUAACCACAACAAUAAUUUUUUACUUUCCUUUUGAACCAUGUUUGUCGUUUUGAUUAUUGAAUGUAAUCUGUAACCAAUUUUCCAAGUUAAUGAUAUCUUAAAUUUCAAAA